CUGUUUCGCUCCAGAAAUCAGAGAGUGGAAAGGAAGAUCGAUCUAUCAAUCGCUGUAGCGAUCGAUAGAAGGAGAUGGUUCUGACUCGUGCAGCCAAAGCAUCUCGUUCUAAACUCCUCAGACCCCUCACCACCUCCCUUUCCUCUACCUCUUCAUCCCUCCGCCGUCCUUUCUCCUCAACCACCGAUGACCAAACUGUCCUCUCCAUCGAGACCAGUAUCCCCUUCACUGGUCACAAGGUCGAUCCUCCCUCUCGCAUCGUGGAAACCACUCCUAAAGAACUCAUGGGAUUCUUCUGUGACAUGGCUCUAAUGCGCCGCAUGGAAAUCGCUGCCGAUUCUCUCUAUAAGGCUAAGCUCAUUCGUGGUUUCUGUCACCUCUACGACGGUCAAGAAGCCGUCGCCGUUGGGAUGGAAGCUGCCAUUACCAAGAAGGAUGCCAUCAUCACUGCUUACCGUGAUCACUGCACUUUCCUUGCCCGUGGCGGCAACCUCCUUGAGGUCUUCUCUGAAUUGAUGGGUCGGACCACCGGUUGCUCAAAAGGGAAGGGAGGGUCGAUGCAUUUCUACAAGAAGGAGCAAGGGUUCUUUGGCGGGCACGGAAUUGUUGGUGCUCAGGUACCCCUCGGCUGUGGUCUCGCUUUUGCUCAGAAGUUCAAUAAGGAGGGUACCGUUACUUUCGCUUCGUACGGUGACGGUGCUGCCAAUCAAGGGCAGCUCUUUGAAGCGCUAAAUAUUGCGGCUCUUUGGGAUCUGCCUGCCAUUUUGGUCUGUGAGAAUAAUCAUUAUGGGAUGGGCACAGCUGAGUGGAGAGCGGCUAAAAGUCCUUCUUAUUACAAGCGUGGGGAUUAUGUUCCUGGUUUGAAGGUUGAUGGUAUGGAUGUUCUUGCUGUCAAGCAAGCUUGCAAAUUUGCUAAGGAGUAUGCUCUGAAAAAUGGGCCCCUUAUUCUUGAAAUGGAUACUUACAGGUACCAUGGACACUCCAUGUCAGAUCCAGGGAGCACCUACAGAACACGUGAUGAGAUUUCUGGUGUGAGGCAGGAGCGUGAUCCUAUUGAAAGAGUAAGAAAGUUGAUAUUAUCUCAUGAGCUUGCCUCUGAGAAAGAGUUAAAGGAUAUUGAGAAGAAUGUCAGAAAAGAAGUAGAUGAUGCAAUUGCAAAAGCCAAGGAAAGUCCAAUGCCCGAUCCUUCUGAAAUGUUCACUAAUAUAUAUGUCAAAGGUUAUGGAGUCGAGGCAUUUGGACCUGACAAGAAAGAAAUGAGAGCAGUGCUUCCUUGAAGUUGGAACUGAGAUGGAGGAUUUAACUCCCAAGUCUAAAGAAAUAAAAAAAGAUGGAGAUGAUUGUGUUCUAUAUAGGCUAUUGCCUUUGCUUGUAACCUGCCCUUUUUGUUGUAUAGGAAAUUGAUUCUUCUCAAAGUUGCUGUUGAGGUCUUAUGUUUCAGUCACGGCCUUGUUAUUACAUUAGUCUUUUCCGCGGUGAAAUAUCUCAUUAGAUUCUUGCCUAGCAUUCAGGAUGCUCUGCAAUUCAUUUUUGGCAUGGAGGGUUAAUUUUU